AUGUCGCGAUGCCCCUUUUCAAGGGCAUCUUUAAUUUUAUCGGUGUUGCCGGAAGAAAAACAAGACAGCCAGGAAGUUCGUCCGUCAUAUUUGGACGUGUUUUCAUCACACUCAAGAGACACAAUGCCUUAUUUUCAGGCUGAAUCUGCUGACAAAGAAGAUGAGCCACCCGCCUAUGCAACCCUUGAAGCAAUUUCCCCAAGACAAGCUAGUGAUGAGAAUGUGUCAAUACUGCAGAUCGAAGGGCCAUAUUUCAUUGAAGAAAGUAACAGAUUUGAAGAGAAUUCCAGUUUUAACUUAGAUUAUGAAAGAGAAGAAAUAAGAGAAGAAGGAGGAAGGGAAGAAGGAAGAGAAGGGGAAGAAGAAAGAGAAGAAGGAAGAAGAGAAGCAGGAGGAGGGGAAGAAGGAAGAGGAAAAAGAGGAGAAGAAGAAGGAAGAGAAGAGAGAAGAGAGGAAGAAGGAAGAGAAGAGAGAAGAGAGGAAGGAGGAAGAGAAGGAGCGGAAGUAAGAGAGGAAGGACGAGAAUUAGAAGUAGAUGAAGGUGUUACAAAGAAGGGUACAACAAAAAUUAGGCGAAAGAAAAGUACAUCAGCGGAAGAAAAAACUCAAAAGAAUUAA